CUGAUUGUCAGUUGUUGUAGAUUACGCUUUGUAAAAUAUUUGAUAAACAAAAAGUGGCGUUCAUGAAAAUAAAUUAAAUAAAUUUUAAUUAAGUUAAAUAUAUUGAAUUAUUAUGUCGAAAGUGAUAGAGAUUUCUGAUUCUGAGGAAGAAUCGGAAAAACUUGAAGGUGUUAAUGAAGUGAAUUCCGUACCAAUCACGUCAACUAGAAGCGUGCUUUCCUCUGCUGCAGCUACACAUAUUACAGAAUGUAAAGUUUUGCCACCGGAAGACGUGCCUUCUACCAGCAAGUCUCCUCCGCCGUUAAAGAUUUCGAGUGUUUCAUCUUUAAAUACCACCGAACAUCCAGUGGUUGCAGCUGUACAAAACAGUCCGACUACAAAUAAUGAUGCCAGUAGCACAGUUGCAGCUGGUACAUCAAACGCUGCGCUGCAACAACAAAGUAAACGCAGUCGUCGCAAAAGUAUGCAUCAUCCUCUAUGUGCAAGCCCUGAAAUAGAAUUUGAAACUAUAUCACUGGAUGAUGAUGAAGAAAAGCGGUCAUCGAAAGUCAAAAACAAAACAAACUCAAAUAACGACGGUGUCCAACAGAAUAAGUCGCCAAAAUUGCAGAAGAUCGCACCGAAAAUUCUUAACAAUAAACCGCAGACGAGUAAAAGUGUUAAAGAUUCAACUGAUGCUUGCGCCGAGUUCCUUGCAUCAGAUGAGACUAAGGCAUUAUUACAACAAAUAGCGGAGGAUCGUGUACGCAUAAAUUUUCUACUCGCAUCGUAUAAUAUGCCAGAAAUACAAUUCUCGCUGCAUACAAAGCCAGAUGUUUUGCAAUUUCAAUUAGAGGAGCGUAUAAAACAUAGAAAAAGACGUUCACUCGAGUCUUCCAAGCAGAUGAAGAAAAGACGGAGUUUAUUGCAAAAUACCAACACACGUUCGGAAAACUAAGCAAAAAGAAUCUGAUAAUAUAUUUUUUAUAUUUUCGUAAAUGGAAAAAUUUUAAUUUAAAUGGUCCGAACAGCAUACUGGAGAUCUAAAAUACGAAACUUUGGAGAUGAAUCUUCACACGAAUAUCUUUCGUUUCUACGAAAAUGUACUUGAAGUAUUAUGUGCAGCUGUUGGAUCAAGUUCUGGUGAUAUUUGCAGAAGAUUUUUGUUGAGCCUGAGUUGAUUUUUCAGCAGAAUAACAAAACGAU